UUUGGAGUUUUUUAAUUAAUGACGCCAAAUCAGGGAAAACAACAAAAAUUGAAACCCUAAAUAGCGAUUCGGUAACGAGUUGAAUCAUCAGAACGCUGAAAGCUCUCUUCACGGUAACGACGUUGCUUGCCCGAUCGCCGAAUUUCCCCGGACGGUCGAACGGAAAAGAGGUGUAAGGUUGCUACUUUAUUGGUGACGUUUGUUCUGUCUGAGCUUGCUAAUCGGAACUCUUACAAAACCAACAUGCCGAAGAGGGGCAAGAAGGUCAAAGAAUUCGAAGAUUAUCAACUUUACAACACCAGAAUGUCGAAGAGGAACAAGAUGUGCAAAGAUGAUCAACAACCAAUGUUGAGCAAUUUUUCAGAUGACAUCCUUCGUCACAUCCUCUCUUUUGUUGACACCAAAUUCGCUGUUCAAACUUGUGUGCUUUCCAAGAGAUUUAAAAACCUGUGGAAGACUCUCUCUCACCUCACUUUUGACAAUAUGAAUUUCAGUAACAGAAUGAAUAUUGGUGGAGGCUAUUACUUCAGGAAGUUUGUCCUUCACGUUCUCUCUCAUCGUGAUCAAUCCAUCAAUAUUGAUACAUUCUCCCCUGCUUAUAACUAUAGUAGGAAAGAUGAAUCCUUCAUGAACGAAGUCACCAACUACCUUGUCUUGUAUAACAUUGAAGAACUCAUCUUUCAAGGCCAUUGGGUGGACUUCUGUCUACCAGUGGAACUGAUUAUUAAAUGUCCGUCGAUAAAGAGCUUAGAGAUGAAUGGUUUUGGGUCUGAAAUGUUACCAGGAGGAUUCUGUUUUUUUAUGGGGUUAAAGAAAUUGCAUUUAAGUGGAGGUUUAUUUCCUUAUAUUAGUCAAAAUCACUUUGAUCCCUUCUCUAGUUGCCCUAAUUUGAAGAGCUUGUACCUGGGUAAAUGUUUCUUGGGAGGGAGUAGUGAGUUUAGUGUUUUCAGGAUAUCUGGACCUCAGCUUGUUGACUUGGGUAUAUUCAAUCUUUAUUUGGUGGGUCAUUGUAGGAUUGAGGUCUGUACGCCUAUGCUCACUUCCUUUACUCUUAUGCAUUCAUUACCUCUGAGUUUUACCUUGGUUGACCUUCCUGCUCUGAGAAAUGCAAAUGUCCAAUUUUCUUCACCGCCUAGUCUCUACCAUUCAAACAAAAUUAGGAAAGCUGCUGCAUAUGAUUUGACGAAUAUGUUUCGAAUUCUCUGUCAUGCACAAACUCUCACAUUAUCUUACUACACAAUUGAGAUUCUCUCUAAUGCUCCCAAUAAAGUCAAACAUAAACCUUCUCCUUUUACGGAAUUAAAGAAACUGAAGGUGAAAGUGCAACAUGGAGAGAACUCAACAAAGAUUCCUGCCUAUGUCUUAAAGUACUUACUUAGCGCUUCUGCCUAUGGUGCAUCUUUAGAAGUUGAGCAAAGGAACACAGAAGAGAUGGAUUUUUGAAGAAACUGGAAAUAGUGAUAGAGGAUCUUAUUUAUGGAAUUCAAGAUUUACAUGUUGAAGAAACUUUAAUCAUGAAAGAAUGGUUUUUUUUCUUUCUACUUUUCGUUUUGUGUAAUUACAGUAAAUAUUCAAAUGUUUCUUGCAAUAGGAGAAAACACCUGCUGGUUUCGGAAAUUGUAUCGUAGCCCCUAGC